AUGGCUCUCGAACGUGGUAAUGGUAAGGAAAAACUCAGAGUAAUGCCAUUUGGUCUAAAGAAUGCAGGCGCAACCUACCAACGACUGAUGGACAAAGUAUUCCAUCACCAAAUAGGUCGGAACAUGGAAAUCUAUGUCGACGAUAUGGUCGCCAAGACCACCCAGGAAAAGUCACACUGCGACAACCUCAAAGAGAUAUUUGAACAAAUACGAGCAUACAAGAUGAGACUCAACCCAGAAAAAUGUGCCUUUGGGGUGCAAGGAGAGGAAUGCGAGAAAGAGUUCGCCGAGUUCAAAACCAUUUUGUCAUCACCACCAGUGCUGCAAAGACCAGAAGUUGGUAAACCUUUAUACUUAUAUUUGUCUAUUUCUAACUAUUCUAUAAGCUCGGCUUUAGUUAUUGAGACAGGAAAAACACAGCAACCGGUAUACUUCGUCAGUAGAGUCAUGCAAUCAGCAAAACAAAGGUUGGCAUUAAAGGCACAGAUCCUCGCAGAUUUUGUAUCGGAACUAACCUCGAGCGAACACAACAAAUUCUGGGAACUACACGUCGACAGGGCGUCCAGCCGAGGAGGAAGCGGAGCUGGGAUAAUUCCAAAAGAAGGGGACAACAUGGUGGCUGAGCAAUCCCUCCAGUUCCACUUCCCAGCAAGCAACAAUCAGGCCGAGUAUGAGGCCCUCAUAGCUGGACUCAAGCUCGCCCUCAACUUCCAGGUACAAAGCCUAACAGCACACUGUGAUUCUCUCUUAGUGGUUCAACAAGUUCGAGGAGAAUAUCAGGUAAAGGAUCCUUUGCUAGAGCGAUAUUGGCUCGUAGCAAAGGAUCUCAUUUCAAAGUUCAGUUCAUUCAUUAUUCUACAUGUGCAUAGAGAAAAAAAUAUUAGAGCCGACAUAUUAUCCAAACUUGCCGCCACUAGGGCGGACACACAAACGUCGGCAUUAUCACAGCUCACACUUAAAAAGCCCAGCAUUGAAUUACUAUCUAUAAGCAUUAACAACCUCCAUGACUGGAGAACACCCUUUCUUGAGUACAUCAAUACAGGUGGAGAACUAUACAGACGCGGCAUCUCGCAACCCCUACUAAAAUGCCUAUACACUGAUGAGGCAAGGGAAGUGAUAGACGAAGUUCAUGAGGGCGUAUGUGGAAACCACAUCGGAGGACGAGCUCUCGCCGCAAAGAUCGUCCGAACAGGAUACUAUUGGCCGACCAUGAAAAGAGAUUGCAUAACAAAAGUCAAGACAUGUGACAAAUGUCAAAAGCACGAAGCCAUCUCUACAAAGCCGGCCGAGGUACUACACAGCAUGGAGACCAAUGGGCAGGCCGAGGCUGCUAACCGAUUUAUAUUGCAGGCAAUAAAAAGAAAGCUUGACAAUACGAAGGGUGAAUGGGCCGAGCUAAUCCCAGAAAUAUUGUGGAGCUACAACACAACAAUACAAACCACCACGGGUGAAACACCCUUCAAACUAGUGUACAGAUCAGAAGUACUAAUUCCAGUAGAGGUCGGGACUCCCACAAUCAGAACCAAGCUAUACGAUGAACAAUACAACACAUACAUAAGGAACGCCAAGCUUGACCUCGUCGAGGAAGACAGAGAUAUCGUGGCGAUCAAGCAGAGAGCCAUGAAGCAAUUGGCAGAAAGAAAACACAAUAGAAAGGUCGUUCCAAGAACAUUCACUAAGGACAAUCUAGUCCUCAGACGAACCGAAGAUGCAAGACAACCUCCUUCACACGGCAAGCUCGCCGCGAACUGGGAAGGACCUUUCUGA